AUGGAAUUUGUCCAAAUCAUCAAAGUGGAAGGCAAGUUGGAUGAAGAUCCGAAUUCAAAUCCCACCUCCGCAUCUCCGUUCUACAUCCACCGGCCACAGUCAUUUGAAUACAAGACUUCCUCUGAAGGAAACAAAGAUUUUGAACACGUCAACUUUGCCAUAAGAAUCUCACUGAUCGUUCGACUCAUGAAACGAGCACAUUGGCUGACCCAAGGAAGCUGCUGUUCGAAGCUUUCAACACGUGGUCACGCACACGUCAAUCGUCGAAGAACACGGGCCCUCUUUCCUCCGGUCGAAAAUCGAUGGGGUUGCCGCGAGCAACCAGACAGCAACAGUGAAGAAGCGUCCAUGAACGACUGUCCCAUAUUGUUGAAGGUUUUCUUGUCCGGUUCAAAGAUCCCUCUCAACCACACGAGCUCCAAAGAAGAAGAGACCGAGGCUGGUUUAGAGAUUGAAAUUGAAAGCUUGACUCGGCAGAAAGCGGACAUCAAGAAGGCGAUCCAGUUGAUUCAAACUGAUCUAGAUGAUGUUACCAAAAGAUUGGGAUUAUUAGCUACCAAAUUAGUUUGUGAAGAUCUUACAAGCCUGAUCUCAAUCUUCAACCGUAAGAACCCUUGUAGGAUGUCUAACCUCAGCAACCAACUCACUAAGAACACCAAGGAUCUGAGAUUUAAAAAUCGGGCUGCAACUCCUGCCCGGCUUCUGUUACGGCCUGAUUAA